AUGGCCACCCCUGAAUCAUCGCUGGAAGUGGAGGAGGCCCUCAGUGGUGUCCUGCUCACCAACCAGGGCGUGCAAGAUGUACAAAGGCCAAGGGUUGCCGGUGGUGGAGGAGAGGCCAGAGUCAUCCUGUGGCCAGAAGGAGUGGACAACGGCGAGGGCAUGACGGGGCAAGACCUGGCAACGCCAACGGGCAUGAGUUCUGGCGGGAGGCACGACUUUCAGGGCAUCAGAUUCAGCAACAAGGAGUUUACCAGUGGCUUGGGCCAGGGCAGUGGCCAUGGAAGUGGGGAGGCAGGGGCUGAAGCUCAACCCAGGCAGGACGGGACCUGCACCGGGCGAGCUCCUCGGAAUGACUCAAGGUUGUUGUCGCAGGCUGAGAAGGGACAAAAUCAGCGACGGAAAACUUUGCAUCAAUUUGCGCAGCGCGCUCGGGUUCGGCGGGCCCCCGCGCCCCUGGUGUUUGCUGCCCCCGUGCGGUCGCGCCGCCGUCCUGCACCUUCAGGGAGCGCAUCUGAGAGCCCCUGGGACUGCGAGGAAGUCGAAGGCGGGCUUCCUGCCUGUCUCGGCCUCUGUCCUGGGCCGGGGAGGAAAAUCUCCGCGGAGAUGGGCAGGGACUGGGGAAUGGCGCCCCCUGGCUAUCUGAGAGGUCACCCUGCCUCUCCCACCCGGAGGAGGGGUAGGAGGGACAGACAUGGGGCUGUCCCUCCGGUCAGAUCCAGCCUCUUGGGGACUCUGCUGGUGGUGGUGAAGCUCUCCACACUGCUGGCCCAGAACCGGGCCCACCUCUGCAAUUUCCUGCCCCUCAAGACCACCCUCUUUAACCACUGGCUGUCAGGGCUGACCCAGGAGGCCCAGGAGUCCCACCCACACCCCAAGAUCUCAGCCUGCCCCGUGGGCCGGGUUCUACAGGCUGGGCUGACACUGAUAGAAGUCCCUGUGUGGCUGGUGUGUCAGGCGCCCAGGCUGGUGUGGACAGGCGUGCUGGGCUGUGCCCGGGCCUCGGGCCUGGCCCCAAAGCGGCUGGGUGCCUGGGAGCAGCUGGGCCUCUCUGCGGCCACCUGGACAGACCUGCUCUUGUCAUAUCUGCACAGCCUGAUGCUGGCUGCCGGGCUGCUACUACUGCUGACCUGGAGACUCCAGAAAGCCCACUGUUGCAGCCUGGGCCGGCUGCCCAGGAAGGCUCUGCUGGAGAACCGCGUGGUGCUGGGGACACCGGCGCCGCUGAAGCGUCUGCACUGCAGUGUGGAGAGCAUGGCAGCAGUCACCUCCCGGCACCUGGCCUACCUUGUCACCUGGACCACCUGCCUCGCCUCCCACCUGCUGCAGGCUGCCUUUGAGCACACAGCCCAGCUGGACCAGGCCCAGGAGGCUGAGCCCCAGAAGGCCUCGGGGCUCUUGUGUGAGUCCCCGCUCCCUGAGCCCCCAGCCCCCGAGGCUGGGCCAGUUCUGCCAGAGCCUGGAGCUCCUGUAGAAUAA